AUGAAAUUCGCUGUUGUCGUGAUUGCUUGCGUAUUGGCGACUGCCUACGCGGAACCUCAAUCUAACGCGAGGGCGUUCAGCACUUUCGGGCUCAAUCAACCAGUCCAAUACAAUCCAUACUCCAAUCGUUACCAGAACCGCUACCAAAACCAAUACCAGAAUCCGUACCAGAACCAGUACCAGAACCCGUUCCGCAAUCCUAACCAGAAUUACAAACCUAUCGUCUCACCCACUACAGCUGCUCCCACCCCUCCAGUUGAAUCAGUAACUGUUUCAUCUGUUCCCAGUGUUAUUUCCGCAGCUGCUCCCGUUCGUCCCUCUCCCUCGCCUGUACCUAUCGUCCCAGUCGUCGCCAACAGGGCUGUAUCCGACUCACGCUAUGCUAACAUCCUCAAAUACGGCAGUGACUCCAGCCCUGAUGGUUCUUUCAACUACUUCUUCGAGACCGACAAUGGCAUCGGGGUCCAAGCACAAGGAACACCUCGUAACUUCGGUGGCAACCCUCCCGUGAUUCCCGAUGUUAUCCAGGGCUCCUUCUCUUGGGUCUCUCCCGAAGGUCAACCAAUCGGUGUUACAUACGUCGCUGACGAGAACGGAUAUCAGCCUCUGAGUGACGCCAUCCCUCAGCCUCCUCCAAUCCCACCCCAGAUUGCCCGCGCUCUGGACUACCUCGCCAAAUACGGCCCACAAAACUAA